GGUGGAGGUUGGAAUCGGGAAACAAACAGCGAAACCUGAUCAGAAGGAAAGGAUCUGGAGAUUGCCUAGGCUGAUUGUCCAAUUAUAGAGCCUUUGGUGGACCUCAGGAGUUUGAUAUUUCUCCUGAAACCUUGAAUGGCAUAGAUCAUCUUUGGUUUUCUUUUCUUGAAGAUGCCUUAUUCCAUGGGGAAAUAGGACAAGCCAGGUCCUGCAUGCCAGCUCUUUCUCUGGCCUUUUGAACCCGCCUGAAACCAGUUGAGACCAGCAUCCUGGCUUGCAAAAUCUCCCCACUCUAACCAGUCUGAGGGACAGGUCUUCCUAGACUACUCUAGAGACUCUAUGGCUCCAUGACUUCCUCCAGGAACCCAGAGGAAGAGCACCUUCGCAGUCCUUUCCCUCUUACUCCCCCACCAGCUCUGCGGGAUGAGUACUACCCUUUUGGGGAUGAGGGCCAGCCCCCCUUUCGCGGGGAUGCUGCUGCGGCUGGAGCCACAGGGGAAGGGGAUCCCGAUGACACAGAUCUGGGGGUGCUGCUUCAGAGGAAAGAACAGGACUUGUUGUUGGCAGCAGAAUUGGGAAAGAUGCUCCUGGAACGUAACGAGGAACUGGAACGACGCUAUGAUGAACUGAUGAAGGAACAUUUGGAAGUCAAAGAGCAUCUUGAACAAGAGAAACAUGAACUCCGGCGACACCUCAAAUCAGGCCGGGCAGAAUUUGAGACCCGGACGGCAGAGCUGGAGGCUGACUGGGUGGCCGCCCGAGCCCAGCUGGGGCAGAAGCGUCUGGAACAGCAGGACACCAGUCGAGAGAGCUCACAGGCGGUCUUGGACCUUUCAGAGCAGAAUCAACGUCUGGUGGAACAGCUCAGUCAGGUCACUCACUUGGAGCAGCAGCUCCAGGAAGAUCUGGCUGUAUUACGUGCAGAACAUCGGACCCUGAGCCUUUGCAAUGCUGAGCAUGCUGCACGGAUGCAAAGUCUGCAAGCUGAGAAUCGUCUGCUUCAAGAGCGGAAGCAAGAUAUGGAGAAACAGAUCCGUCGGCUUCGGGAGGAGAACGAAUCCAUCCAGGUGCUGGUGGACACGUUACACGACAACCUCCUCCUUCUCCGCAAAGAGAGCUGUGAAAAGCAGCUGCGGUUUAAACAGGUAGAAGCAGAAGCUGAGGAACUCCGGACUGCCAAUCGGCGCCUCCAGCAUCAGGUCAAAGAUUUGAAGGAAGAGAUCCGUCUUCAUGAGUUAGAUACCUCUGUUACUUCCAUCCAAUCUGAGAUUGAAAGCAGUUUAGGCGAUGCUCCAGGAGCCCCUGGACAGACACCAAAGAAGGUUGGAAAAGGUGAUCACCCGACCACGGGAUACUGCAACCGUCAUGAAUACAUGGUAGUUGCCAAGCAUCCAAAUUUUGACUAUGGGGACGCUGCAGUGGUUUCAAUCACCCACGGCAUCCACAAGACUGGUUCCACUCCAAAGAAGGCCUCUCCAAGACUGGAGGAGAACAUCUCUGAAUACACCAAAAGGGUUUCGGCCUUGAGCCAUCAGCAGCAAGACAUCCUGGCCCAGAAAGAAAUGGAGAUAGCGAAACUCCAGGAUCAGGUGACCUUGCAAUACGUGGAGCUCAGCGGUUUGAAGUCUGAGAUAGAGAACCAGAGGCGGCUAUACCAAGAAAGCAAUCGGGACAAGGCCUUGAAGUUAGCUGUAGCAGACCGGGAUGAGGCUAUAUUCAAGAAAGGUGAAAUAGAAUUGGAAUUGGCAAAAAUCUCCCUGGAGCGAGAUUCGCUGAGCCAACAGUUGCUGCGUGUCAUUCGCCAGAAGAUGGCACUUACUCAGGAGCUGGAAGCUUGGCAAGAUGAUAUUCAGUAUAUUAUUCACCAGCAACUUCUCCAGAAACAGCGGGAAGAACGCCAUUGCCUCACCCCGCCACCAAAGCCACCAACACAAGGCAAGGGUCCUGAAUUAUUUCGGGCUGGUGCCAGCAUUCCCAGUGGUACAGGCUUCUUCUCAUUCUUCCGGAAAAGCUGAAUUGUUGAAGGUUUCCAACAACAGCUGGCCAAUCUCUGCUCCAAGUUCUAAGAUCACCCUCUUCUGGCAAAUUGGGGACAUGACUGAGCUAAGUGGAUUAUUCCAGAACAGCAAGCCAGUAGCCUGGAGACAUCCACAGGUCCCAGCGCCCUGCACUUGAUGGAAUAGGCCUAGAAACUUGGCUUCUGAUCCUCCACUUUUUCUUAGAAUCAAGACUGAUGGGAAGGGGCAUAUUAAUCUCACGUUCCUCCCUUGCAAGAAGAAAUAGAUUACAGGUAGUUCUCAACUUACAACCAUUGAUUUAGUAACCGUUCAAAAUUGCAACAGCACUGAAAAACAGUGGCUUAUGAUCAUUUUUCACACUUAUGACCAUUGCAGCAU